AUUGUAAAGGAAUACGCCACGAGCAUUUUUCCGCCGACAAGAGAGCAUGAAAAGUCGAAAAAUUACUAUUUGUCAUAUUUCGUUUGGGUGAUUAGGUUUCUCUAUGACCUUGACUAUCUUAAGCAAAGAAUAUAAUACUCACCAGACAUGACAUAAGUCAAAACCAAGUGCAUAGCUAAGCCACAUAGAUUUAUUAUUGCAAUGACAUAAAUUUCAGUAUAUAAUAAUUGUUAAUUUGCUUAUUUUUUUAAUUUUAACGAACUUUUAACAAUCAACACUGCUUGGAGGCGUAUUUGUUUAUCUUAACUGAAAGUUAUAAAUAUAAAUAGGAUUGUCGGGAACCGCCAGGAUGAAGCUAGACACGAUACUAAAGAAGGUCCAGUCCCAUGAGUCGAUACGGUCCCCGCCGCCCGCCGAGCCCCUCCCACUGAAGAAGCUGCUGCGAAAGAAGCCACAAGACAAAUUCGGCCACGUCAGCUGCAAAGUGGACACCACGGCGCCGCUCCUACGGCUCACGCCGCCGCUGGCGCUGCGCAGUACGGCGGCCGCGCUCCGGCUGCAGCGAGAGAACAUGAUGCUGCUGCGCUUCAUCAGGAAUAACCACUUCACCCGGGGUCGCGUGGACAGCCGCUGGCGUGUCCUGCCGCCCGGUAGCCGCCAAUACCACGCAGCCAGGGUCGAGUUCAGCAAGAGGACGCACGCAGAGAACAAACGCUUGUACAAGAUUUUCACCACUGCGUCUCCCCGCCUCACACCGACGGCGGAGCUAGAGCAGUGGUGGUCGCGCAUCACACGUGAGCGGCACGCACGCGGCCCGUGGCUGCUCGCGCCGCCCGCACCGCAGCUCGACCCUGCUUUCCUGGCUCCGGAGGGAGUCAUACGACCAAGGGUGUCGAUAUCGCUGCGUAUACGCGGCGGCGCGGCGCUGGGCGAGCUCAAACUGGAGCUGUUCUCGGAGGCGUGCGCGCGCACCGCCGCCAUCUUUAUUGCGCUGCUGCCCGCCUACGUCGGCUCCGCCUUCCACAGGGCCAUCGAGCACUUCUACCGCGGCGAGGCGGGCGCGGCCCGCUACAAGCUGGUCCGCGUCUGCGAUUCCUCCACCCUGCAUGACUUCCUGACCCUCGCGCAGCAGCAACUCCAGCCGCAGGAGGAGUUGCUCUUAGUGGAACUGCGCGUGCCGAUGGCGGGCGCACUGGACCUGGGCGCCGUGCGCGCGCCCGCGCCCGCCGCCGUCGCCGCCGCCACCGCCGCGCUGCCGCCGCCGCGCCAUCUGCCACGACAGCCCAACCUUCAAGCGUUGUUGUCUACAAACGAACUCUCACACGAGCUGAGGAAGAUUCUGAUAAGCCUAGUGGAGGCGGGCGCUCGAUUGGCGGCGGCCGGGCCGCACUACGAAAGGGCCCUGGGAGAGUUGCGAGCGGCACUGCAGCCCCCACGCCCCGCCACCCGCCCCGUCGUCGAGGUGAUCACGCCGGAGGAGAUUGCGCGGCGCAUCGCGGAGGAGCAGGAGCAGCCCCAUACACCACCUCCCGUGGCCGGCAGCGACGCCUACCGCCGCGCAGAACACCUACAGAGAUCCAACGCGGCCUGCUCAACACGCGCAUGCUGGUAGCCUUCAUCGGCAUGGUGGGCCCGGCGAACAGCGCGGCGCUCUGGCUGUCGUCGCCCCGCGGCUCCCCGCUGCUGUCCCAGAUCUCGCGCACGUACCACUCGGAGAAGUACUGCCUCGCCGUCAACCAGUUCAGCGAGGAACACAACACCCGUCCGUCUACUUCGAGACAACGAUAACUUACGUAGUUAAAAUGAGCGCGAGCCCUCUGCAUUGGUAGCGAACCUAUAUAAAAGAAAACUUUUCUCCGUAGUUCAUCUAUUGGCUAACAGAGGGCGCUUUAACCUUUGAUAUGUUUUCACCGAUCAACUAGUGCAUCCCUACAUUCAACUUGAGCGUGUCAAUAUUAAGUUCAUGUUAAUAAAAACCAAAAUUUACAAUAGCA